GAAUCUGUUCUGAGUCUGAGCUGGUCCAAGUUAUUUUUGAGCACUGAGCCGGAGGAGAACCAUUAUAGGUCCCCAGAAAUUUAUACUCUGGGUACAAUUACAGAUGCUGUUUAUACGAGUAUAACAGAUUAGUACAAGACAUUACCAUAUCCAAGCAAGGAUCUAGUAGACUACAUCGACCAUUGCAGUAAGCCUCCACGCCGCAAGCUUGCUCACCAGCUCUGGACUGGGCCCUGCAGACCGAUGCACACACAGAUACCCCAGGCGGCCGAGCACAAGCCUUGAAUCGACCAUUGAAAUCAGCGCCUGCUCAGUACACCGCUUGCCGCAGUGGCGGAACUCCAGUGUAUGCAGAGCGUCAGCCAGAGUCGCACCCGAUCCGACAGUUAGCGCCCUUAAUAACACGUCCCCGACAUUCCGCUGAGACCCCUUCCCGGCUCGGGCUUCGAGAACGAGGUGCCGGACUAGCGGCAGUCGACGCAGGCAUUCGAUGAUCUGGGUCUCGUAGAGAGGGAGAUGGAUGAGGUGCAGAGCCUGCAGGAAGGGCGUCGUCGAGAGAAACGCGAGGAACUGAGCUUGAGGCCACGCCCACGCGCCAGCGCCAGGCUUCGCUCUAUCCCGCAGCGCGAAGCGCUGUAAUUCCGGCGCAUACAGCAGACUUAGCAAGGCACCGAUACGUGUUCCCCGCAAUUGGCCGUUGGUGCUGGCCGGGACCGAAUCACGGAAUUCGAGCCGUAACACGCGAAGCAGGCCUGCGCGGACCAGCGUGAGGCGAGUCGGCAUGAAGUCGUUCAGGGCAAAGCGAGCUGUGUGGAGAUGGGGAGCGGAUGCCAGGCAGUCGAGCACAUCGUCUGCGCUGAGGAACAGGUGGCCCGGCGCACCCGUGCUAGGGAGCAGCGUGAUGGAGGUGAGUUGCGUGACGUCUGUGGAGGGAAGCACAUCGAAUGGGGAAGAAUAGAGGGUCAGCGCAUGCAGACGUGGGGUUUGUUCCACACUCAAGGGAAGUACAAGUUUCGGUGCCGUCAAAUGAGGCCAAAAAGAUGACUGUACACUGAAAUGUUCCAGCAAGGGCAGAUAUUCCGUAUAGGAUGCGAGGGGAAAGAGACAAGUCUCUGGCGCUUGAAGGGACAGGCUGAGGAUCUGGGCACUACAUUGUCUGAGAACAGUGUCCAACAGGUGCGAGACUGGACUCGUGUCUUUGAUGUCCUCGCCCUGUGCCAGGCAAAUAGCGAGUGGCCUCCUGCCUGCACGAGCCAGCCACGUCCCAACAAUCUUGUGCAGUGCCUCCAGUGCCCUGCUGUCCGAAGUAUGCCGUUGGGUGACCGUGACAGCAAGGCCCGCCCACAGCCUUCGGCUCGAGAGCGCAAUGGCCCGCCAGCGACGCGAGACCUGAGAAGCAUUCAGGGGCGGUUGCAUAAGACUGGGCUCUGGGGUAGCGGAGACGGCGUAUUGGAAGAUGAGAUCCCAGAGUUCGGUGGGGAGACGACGCGCGGGACACCGCCGAGCAGCAUAAUGACGGAGUGCGUUCUGGAUGUGCACAAGCUGUGCGUCGAUGCCCGCGGAGCGAGGGAGUGUCAUCUCCCCAGGAAGAGGUGUGAUUAGGGAUGAGUGGUGUGUUGGUACCGGCGGAAGUGGACGGAAG